CAGAAAGAAUACGACAGACAGAGCUUUAUAUCCUGUGAACUCCUCAUCUGAAGACUGAUCCUCAAGACACUUUUAAUUUUACGAAGAUCUUUUUUGUCGCGGUGCACUGACUCACUUGAUCGGUUCAAUCGUUGUUUGCAAAGAGUUUCUUAAACUUAGAUUUUGCAAACAGACAAUAGAACUGUAACUUCUGGACUUUGCAAGUCACCACUUUUUCAACAUCGGCUGUCAAGGCGAGAGGUCAUUUAAACUGUGAGCAAGUUGUUGUGCAUCGAAAACUUUCGACAUGAACAUCGUGGCUGAAUUUUUCGUAGUGUCUCUUAAAGUGGUUUGGGCUUUCAUAUUGGCUGGUGCGAAAUGGCUCAUUCGGCCACGGGAAAAGAGUGUGGCAGGUCAGGUGUGUGUGAUAACUGGAGCUGGAAGCGGUCUCGGACGGCUCUUUGCGAAAGAGUUUGCCCGGAGAGGGGCGACCCUUGUGCUUUGGGACAUUAACCGGCAAGGGAACGAGGAAACUGCCGAGAUGGUUCGACAAAUCUAUCGGGAUAUGUCAGUUUCUAAAGAGGGUAAGUAUAUUUCCUUAAAACCUCACGACGGUGUUCAAGACGUGCCUUUAAUCCAGCCACAAGUUUUCACAUAUUAUUGCGACGUCAGUAAACGCGAGAGCGUAUAUUCCACUGCAGAGAAGGUGCGAAGAGAGGUGGGCAACAUCGAUAUUCUCAUCAACAACGCCGGUGUAGUCUCAGGGCACCAUCUCCUGGAAUGUCCAGAUGAGCUCAUUGAGCGAACCAUGAUGGUCAACUGCCACGCUCACUUCUGGACUUCCAAGGCGUUUCUUCCCAAAAUGCUGGAAUUGAAUCACGGACACAUUGUGACUGUAGCCAGCUCUUUGGGAUUAUUCACAACUGCUGGUGUUGAGGAUUAUUGUGCAAGCAAGUUUGGAGCCAUUGGAUUUCAUGAAUCCCUCAGCCAUGAACUGAAGGCAGCUGACAAAGAUGGUAUUAAGAUGACUCUGGUCUGCCCAUUCUUAGUGGACACCGGCAUGUUUAAAGGCUGCAAAAUCAGAAAGGAGAUGGCUCCAUUUUUCCCACCACUGAAGCCAGAAUACUGCGUGAAGGAAGCUAUGAGAGCCAUCCUCACGGACCAGCCCAUGGUCUGCACUCCACGAGCUAUGUACAUGGUCACCUUCAUGAAAACAGUUUUGCCAUUCGAUGCUAUUGUAUGCAUGUAUCGGUUCAUCGGCGCCGACAAAUGCAUGUACCCUUUCCUGGCGCAUCGCAAGGAGUCCAUGAACAACAAUGAAGCAAAAUCGGGAAUGUAGAUGCCAAGGUCUAGUGAAGAAAAAGGACUGACAUUACAAGACUUAUUUCACCGA